AUGCAAAUGUGUCAACUUUUGGAGAAUUACUGUUAUACUACUACUACUACUACUACUACUACUACUACUACUACUACUACUACUACUACCACUACUACUACUACUACUACUACUACUACUACUACUACUACUACUACUACUACUACUACUACUACCACUACUACUACUACUACUACUACUACUACUACUACUACUACUACUACUACUACUACUACUACUACUACUACUACUACUACUACUACUACUACGUAA